AGGAGGUUCGUCAUAUGAAGGACAUUCAAGUGGAUGUGACCCCUAACCUGCAAUAGGGGCUCAGUGAGGUGACAGACAUCCUGUAAUGGAUCUCCAGCUAGUGUCUGAGGACCUGGAGAAGGCUGUGUCUACAGCUGUGGGGCAGGACAAGCAUGGGACAGACAUCCUGAACGAAUCUGAUGUCAGAGCUCCCAUCAGCCCUCUACACCUCGCUUCACCACCAUGCUAUGGAGGUCCUGGUUCAGUCUCUGCUGGAUCUAGACGUGAGGGACAGCCAGGGGCGCACCCCUCUGGACCUGGCUGCCUUAAAAAGCCUUGUGGAGUGUGUUGACGUCCUCAUCAACCAGGAAGCCUCCAUCCUGGUUAAAGACUUCACUCUGAAGAGGACCCCCAUCCACGCUGCAGCAACCAACGGACAUUCGGAGUGUUUGCGUUUGCUGAUUGGAAAUGCUGACAUCCAGAGUACAGUGGGACAUUCAAGACGGAAUAGUCACUUGGGUUUUGGAUACCAAUUCCCCCAGUAUUCAACAACUCUUUAA